AGAGACAGCAGCGUUUCACGAAGAGAUGUGACCAAACAACACAUCCUAAACCAGCUUCUGUCCGAUUAGCGUUUCGCAAGAUAGCUUUGAAAAACACCGACGCGCUGCCGUUCAGACGUAGACACUGCCUAAAGAUCAAGUGCCAAAUGCCAAGACUAGAGGAGCACUGCUGGAGCUGCUCCUGUUCAUCGACUGUAAAGACUCAGGAUCUGUCGAGCGCCCGGUGGAUUGUUUGUAAAUCAGGAGAGAUGAUGUCCAUCAUAACCUCAGUCCUGGGACACGCAUACGGCUCUCUGCACAGCCUCCAGUCCGCUAAUUUAAUACGACGGGGGCUCGUGUUGUUUAUAGUCGGAGUAGUUCUCGCCUUGGUGCUGAACUUACUCCAGAUCCAGAGAAACGUUACAUUGUUUCCAGAGGAAGUGCUGGACACGCUGUUUUCGUCGGCUUGGUGGAUCCCCCUCUGCUGUGGGACAGCUGCUGCUGUGGUUGGUCUCUUGUACCCCUGCUUGGACCAUCAUCUUGGAGAACCGCACAAGUUUAAGCGGGAGUGGGCCAGUGUGAUGCGCUGCAUUGCUGUUUUUGUGGGCAUCAAUCACGCCAGUGCUAAACUGGACUUUGCCAAUAAUGUGCAGCUUUCACUAACUCUGGCUGCCCUGUCUCUGGGCCUCUGGUGGACGUUUGACCGCUCCAGGAGUGGCUUCGGUCUAGGGCUGACCACUGCUUUUCUAGCCACCCUCAUUGCUCAGCUGCUGGUCUACAAUGGCAUCUACCAGUAUACAUCUCCAGACUUCUUGUAUGUACGUUCAUGGCUGCCUUGUAUAUUCUUCUCUGGUGGAGUGACCGUUGGAAACAUCGGCCGACAGCUAGCUAUGGGCUCAACUGAAAAGCCUCAUAAUGACUAAGUGGGUGCCCGAGGUCAUGAAGUGAGCUUCAAAGAGUGCCAAAACAGAGGGCCUUCAAACUGAGACUCAGUAUUGGGUGUUCCUGUUUCUGUCCAAGCAUAACUUUUGCUGUUAAUUAUACUCCUCUUUAUAAUGAUGCAAGAAAUCAAAGAGCAGGUUGGUCUGAAUUGGCCCGGUGUGCCAUGAACAGCCAAAAGAAUCCCCCUGGCAUUCAUCACUACCAUCAGCGUUACAGCUCCUUGCAGUAGUGUUACUGGUAACAGCAGUCUCCUUAUUACCUUGCUGCUGGAGUGCCACUAUUGGACUGUAUGAGAUCAUAACUAGCUUCACUUUCACUGAAGGUGAAAGAGUGAAAAGUAGUGGUGAAACUUUGUGUAUACGAGUGUGUGUGUGCUGGUCCCUGUGGAUAAGGCCAGGGGAAAAAAGGUGGUGUGCACAAAAGAACCAAAAGAGAAAUCAAAGGGAAAAAAUUAAGACAAAAUACCUAAACUAUCCAAAGAGGUCUGUGUACUGUCUAUAUAGGAUUUGUUGUAGUUUUAUUAAAAAAAAAAAAAAAACUCAGCGCUGCGAGUCUCUCGUAAAGACUGACCACCUUGAGUGUUAUGUUGAGUACCAGAGAGAGGUUUGAUUUGCCAAUCACAUUUGUGCCGACUGGUUAGUGUAGUAUAUUGACUGAAUUGAUUGUGUUUUUAUCAUACUUUGUUGCUAAUGCAGACCAAAAGUAAAACUAGAAACACUGGUUUUCAAGAAAUUAAGUGGCACCUUGAAAUAAGAAUCAUACGUAAGUUAAAACAUCAAGGCUUAAUUUGUAUUAAUGUAAACUCACAAAAAUGGUGUAAAGUCAAUUUAAAGGUUUUUAAAUCAAAAGGUUGUAAACUUGGGAUAACUAAACGUUCAGAAGAUAUUUUUACUGUGGCCUCAAGGGUUUGCAAUCUGUGAUUGCCUUUGUAUUAUAGAAUUAAGUGCUUUUGUCACUUCCUCUCCAGUACAGAGUACUUUCUCUCUACUUUAUUCAUUAUGUAUUGCUUAUCACCUGUAGCUGAUUCUAUUUCUAAUAUAAGAGGAAUCACUGGGCUAGCGUAGGUUUGGGGGUCUUAGCAAAUGAAGUGCAAUCAGUUUCUGUGAGUCUGGUAUUCUUUCAUAUUUAUUACUUUAUAAUGUUAAGGUACUCCAGACGACUCAUAUGCAGUAUAGCAACAUACCAGCAAUAAACGCAUUGUUUAUACAUAUAUGUGAAGAUGUAAUAUGACAGCAGACGCUUUUUUUUUUAAAAGAAGUCACACACAAUAUAAUAUUGCAGAUGAUACCAAUGAUCAUAUUCACUGGGAGAAAAAACACCAUGUUCUGUGUCUUUACUAGCAGUAGUAAAUUGGAAAAAUCAUUUUAAGAAAAUGCUGUGUGUUGUAUUUUGGGAAUGUCUGAAGAAGAACAUGAGGGAAUGUUUUAAAACGUUGCUCUCAGGAGUAAGAGGCUCUUUCUGAACCUCUGGGCCUUAGGGAAGGAGAGAUGUUAAACUGAAUGAAAGCUUUAUUUUGAGGGGAGUGAGAAAUGCGAUAAUGUGUUUCUAGGAGGGAGUGUACCCUGUGUGUCUUUACCAUUUCAUUUAUACUGUUUUAGGUUCAAUGAAUGAAAUUCAAUAAAAUCGUGUGUUGUACAA